AAUAACGCUCCGAAUAUUCUAUUCUAAGUUGGUAUGCAAGCUGAGCUUUGAGCUGUAAUCAAUUUAUAGUAGAAUGUACGAAGUAUAUAAAUCGUUUCUCUCAUUUCGAUUUGAAACGAGCUCACAGAUACUUCGAAGAGCGCACAGUCCAUUAUCAUUCAAUAUUUUAACUUUACACUGUAAGUGUUUUGUAAUAUGCUUCGGUUGGUUUCUUAUCAUCUCUGUAUAGUGGAAGCUCGCUCAUCUCAUUUUAAAUAACGCGAAAUAUUAACAAGACCACAGCUGAUAUUAUUAUCACAGUUUGUUUUUAAUACCAGAAUCACGUAAAAGUGUUAACGCUGUAAUUAUCUUUUAAUAUAUUUGUGAAUGAACAUCAUGUUUUCAACUAAAUAUAUGUCACUGGCUAAUUCCAUUUACUGGCUAGCAUUAUUCAAUUGUUUAAUGAAUAUAAGUUUGAGCAUCUCUACGUCGGUCAACGGUGAAAUUAUCGAAAUCGAAUUUAAUGAUCAACAACAGCGUAAGAUUACCGUUGCGGGGAUGUCUAAUAAAAGUUGGACCGGUGAGGAGUAUUAUGCAUUUCGUGGUAUACCGUACGUGAAGCCGCCAAUUCAAGAGCUAAGGUUCAAGGAUCCACAACCACUUGAUGAAUUACCCAGCUACAUCGAUGCACGUUACGAUGGACACGAUUGUCCGUCUAUUUACGCCACAAAUGCCUCAGAGCAUUGCCUCAUACUCAAUAUUUAUACGCCAACCAACAUUGAAACCGCUAAAUUGCCAGUACUUGUUUUCAUACAUCCCGGUGGUCUGUAUAUUGGCUCAUCGCUGAGUACAUUUAUCAAUCCCGUUUAUUUACUUGCCAAACCCAUUGUGUUGGUAACAUUCAAUUAUCGUUUGGGUACGCUCGGUUUCCUGCAACUUGGCACCCGUGAAAUACCUGGCAAUGCCGGAUUCAAGGAUCAAGUGCACGCAAUGCGUUGGGUACAGAAAUAUAUUAGACAUUUUGGUGGCAACCCUGAAGACGUCACUCUUAUGGGUUAUAGCGCUGGUGCUCUGAGUGUACAUUUACAUUUGGUGUCACGCAUGUCGCGUGGACUUUUUCAUAAAGCCAUUAUAAUGAGCGGCUCACUGCCACCGCAGACAGUGUUGCCACAGCAUUCACAAUUGGAUUUGCUGCGUAAACAAGCGCGUGUACUUAAUUGCACUGAAGUAGUGGCUGAAGCGCAAUUAUUAAAUUGUUUACAAAAAUUUAACGGUAAUGAAAUCGCUGCAACACUACGUAGUCUUUUCGUCUUCGGCAAGGAUAAUCCGAUUUACAUAUAUUUACCGGUGGUUGAAUAUGAUUUUGGGCAGGAGCGUUUUUUAACUGAAAAUCCAUUUGAAAGUCUAAAACGUGGUGAAUUUUCGAAGGUACCUAUACUAAUAGGUUUUACCAGCGGUGAAUUUUGUCAAUCAGCGGUGGAUAUUUUCAAAGAUUCGAAACUGGAACGGCGGUUUUAUGAAGAUUUUCAAAAAUUGGCGCCCGAAAUAUUUAUGUACGCUUGUCAUAAUGGAAAUUUGAGUGUGAUUAACGAAAGAUUGCAGCAGUAUUAUUUGCCAAAUUUUAAGGAACUGGAUCAUACGAAUUUGGCGCAUUUGUGUGACUUCUUCUCGGAUGCGAUUAUUCGCUUUGGUGUGCAACGUUUAACCGAAUUAGCUGCUCCAUAUACUAAAGUAUUUCCUUACAGCUUUGAAUUUAGAAGCGAAUUUAGCAAUUUGGACUAUCUUCUACGACCGGCGCGUGUCGAACACAUGGAUGAUUUAAUGUAUUUAUUUGAAAUGAAUGCUAGCGGUUUUAAGCGGAACUAUUCUAACACUGCAUCUAUGAUUCGACAGUAUACGAAAUUCAUAUAUGAAUUUGUAAUAUCUGGUUCAUCACUGUUUGGCAAGCUCCCAACUUACCCUGCAGGAUAUACAAAAAUAUGCCGUUCAUUGGAAUUCCAGCCGGGCACUAAUUUUGCAAAAGAUAUCUAUGAAAUGUGGAAAAGCUUGUUUCAUUUAGAUUAUAACAGUAAAUGAAAUGUUGAAAGGUUACCUGGUAACACCUUAUCGUAUUGAAAACUUAUUAUACCCAGAACAGGGUAUAUUAAGUUUGCCGCGAAGUUUGUAACACCUAGUAGGAAACAUCAGAAACUAUAUAAUAAUAUAUAUGUAAAUGAUCAGUAUGACGAGCUGAGUCGACUUAGUCAUGUCUGUCUGCCCGUCUCUCUGUAUAUAUGCGAACUACUGAAACUUUGCAUACGUCCAUUUUUCUCCAAGAACGAUAUUGUCGGAAUCGCCGAUAUCAGACCACUAUAGCAUAUAUCUGCCAUAAAAACUGAACGAUCGGAGCUGGUAUGGAAAACUUUCUCAUUUGAUAAUAUAUCUUCAAGAAAUUGGGUACGAACUAUUAUUCAAGGCAACGGGUUAAUAUCCGAAGAAAUUGUUUAGAUCGGCCCGUUAUACGUUAUAGCAUAUACAUAGCUGUCAUACAAACUGAUCGAUCAAAAUCUAGUCUUUGUAUGGAAACUUUUAUAUACGUGAAGGUUAUUAUCGCUUCGGUGCAAAUGAAGUUAACGUUUUUUGUUGUAUUAUACUCAUUUUACUCAUUCAAAUUGAAGUCAGCAACGCGCUUGCAUAAUUGAAUUACCUCACUUUGCUCAGUCCAUUGCCAGCAAAAUGAACUCUGACGCUGGAGGUGGAGAUUAAACCAAUACAUAUGUAUAUGCUUUCAUAUGUAUGUGCUACCUAACGGCUAUUUAAAGCUGCCCCGUGCAAAUGUAUGUAUGUAUGGCUGUAUUUACAGGUGUCUGCGUGCACUUCAUUUAAUUCUGAGUUGCUUAAUUGAAUUGAGCACUGCAGGUGAUUAAUUGAGCAAAACGAUUGGGGAUUUCAAGAGCUUUAAACGUUGAAUUGUGUAACUGGCGAAAAGUGUAUCGAAAUAAAUACAUA